AUGCGUCGCUUUGCAAUCCGAUCUGUCUGUUUUCUCGGAUGUAAAUCUAGUGACUACAGUGGGGCUUACUUCUGAGUAAAUGUCAUUAGAUCUGCAGCUUUGAAAGUAAUUGGGAGUAAAUCCUGUUGAACUCAGUGGGACGCACACCCGAGUAAGGAGGCAUAGAUCGGGCUGCAAAGCUGCAGUUCUAUGAUCGGGCUAACUUCGAAAUAAUUCCCAUUGAAUAAAAGCGGGAAAUGCAUAUGCUUGGCCUACAAACUGAGUCUGUCUGCAGCUUUUCUCCGUAGUAAUUCUACAUCAAAUUAUAUCACUGCCCAUCGUUCUUUAACGCAGUUGCACCUUACAACUCCUCCCCCGGCUUGUGGGCGGAGAAACCUCGAAGGAGUUUCCAAGCACCAGCGUAAGAAAGCUGGCAGUUUUGCAACUCUCCAUUCCUGGUCUAUACUUUUCUCAUUUCAUCUGAAGAAAAGCGCACAGGGUAUAUUGCCAGUAUUUCAGAGUCUUCAAGCAUAUGGGGAAAUGGCUUCCAGAUCAGAGGAUAUUGUCCUUAGAACGACUUGAGCCGCCACAUUUUCCCCCAAGAAAAUUAAGUGUGAUGCAUUGAUAAUAGUGUAAUGUGUGACUCUCUCAGCCAUAAGAACAAAUGCAAGCAACGCCACCUUCUUAAAAUUAUUGUAUCCUGAGUUUAAAUGGCCUGAUGGUAUUUAAAAAACCCUGAGGAGUCACACCUGUGGGAAAGAAAUGUCCAUCCAGAUUGCAUGGUGCUCUCCUUGCACAUUCGUUGUGGUGUUUUGUGUCAUGCUAAAGCCAUCGCAAAGUCAAGUUUGUUCCACAGAGAAGAUGGAGAACAUCACUAUUGACAUCAAAGCAGCCUUUUCCAAAGGUAUCCGGGGGACAGAUCCAAUCCACGCUGCAUCUUGGGAAGCCUGUGUUAAUGUUUGCUGUCUGGAUAUAGACAAGAAGUGCAACUAUGUAGUUUUUGAUACCAGAAGGAAAGGCAAUAACCCAAAUUGCUACCUGUUUUAUUACCCCACUAAUGAAACGUGCCCGGUGAAACAAGUAUUAGGACUGGUGACUUACAGAAUGAUAGAAGAUGCAGAGGUUCCCAUGUCAGCUCCUUCCUCAGUCAAGCUCUCCCACCCGAUUGUGAAUGGGAAGUUUCUAUCUCCACUAACUGCUAUGUUUGAUCCUCACAGUACAACAAGCCAUCCACAUGGGUCAGGUCUGUUGCAAAAGCCCACUGCCUCAAAAAGGAUGGAAAUAGUGAGCCACUUAGAUAAGAUUAAUGGACACUCGCAGCUUCCAAAAGGUGAAAGGGCAAAUGGCUCAGAGAACUUAAAUUAUUCAUCAAUGCAUGAACUCAACAGUUUGUUGUCACCAAGAAUUGCUAAUAGUAUUCCUCCUGUUAUUCCCAUUGUGCAGCCUACAGCUAAGUUGCCUACUGUUACCACUGGCACUCAGGCUAGUACUAUUGCUGCUGUAAUUCCUGAUGUGUCUUCUAGAAAUGCAACAACUACCAUGUCUACAACGGCUUAUCACAGGAAUACACAUGUGGCAACUAUAAAUCCAGAAAGAAGUACCACUGUUCCUAACCCAUCAACCACUUCUGGAUCUAAUGCCAGCGGCUUCAGCCCAUUACUUUCCAUAAAGAUUUCUUCUGCUUCUUUACACAAUGUCCAUCUUAGUAAUGGGCAACUAGGUUUGGAAGGCUAUGUCCUUAAUGGAGCGCCAAGCAAGAAACGCGCCUCUCACUUUGGUGACAAAAGCAUACUUACAGCUGCAUUGCUUUUUGGGGUAAUAUUCUUGCUCUUGGUUACAGUAAUGGUCGGUAGAAAGAUGCUUGAAUCUUUUUGGCAAAGGCGUUACACUAGGCUAGACUACUUGAUCAAUGGUAUGUAUGCGAACUUAUGACAGAAGAAGAUGAAGAAGUACAUUAGAGGUAAAUUCUGAGGUGGCUAGCCAUCUGAAGCUUUGUAGAAAAGAAGAUCGAUUGGACUGACCACUUCAGAGGACAUGUUCUCGUUCCUAUGAUGUCAGGUUUAAAUACUACACUUGCCUCAUAAGUGGAGUUCUCACUAAGUAUAUUUGCUUGUUUGCAGUGUGUAUCACCUGUUGGCAUGUUGACUCCCCUGCUUUCCACCUCAGGAAGGGUGAUAGUUGGGCAUGCUGUCCUACUUGCAUGAUAGGAGUAACAUUUACAUUCACAUGGGACGCAGGACAUUUUGCUAGCCAGAGCCGUUUGUGCAACAGUCAGACUGACCAAUCUUGUGGAGAUAAUCCAGCCUUUUGCCUCUCUACGGUUAUCACAGUAUUGGCAUGAAGGAAGGGAGUCUUCAGUCUGUCCAAAAAGAGUGGCCAUAUGAGUUAAUAUUAGAUAUUACAGAAACAGAAGGCAAAACUUGGUUUAAUUAUUGCCUGUGCCUGACCAGAUUUGUUUCUACAAGCAGUAAGAAAUCAACACAGACAUCUGGGUGACCUGAAAAAUAUGCCACACAGCACACAAGACUCCUUUAGAAAAAACAUUACACUCACCAAUGUGGUAAGUGUAACAUUUAGACCUAGCCUGAACCAAAACGGGGGAGAACAAAAUGUUAAACAUGGGACCGCUGCUGAAAAUGGCAGUCCCCUGUCGUGUUCCUGGCAUCCUUGCAGUAUGAUCGCACUCAGUGCCUCAGUGGCGGCUGCUGGUAGGACCAGGGAAACGCCCAGAGUAAUUUUGUCAGACAUGAAGCAUUUAACAUGGGAAUGCCAUUUUAGGAGCAAUCCCAUGUUCUUUAUAACAUUUAGUUAUACUUUGAAGGAUUAGGUGCAUCUACCAUAUUUUUCUUUUGAAAAAUAUUGCAUCACUUGCUGUAAAAAUGAAAUAUUUUAAAUAAUUCUUUUUCCCCUUUAAAAAUACUGUUCAGUCACUUAAAAGCUAUACCCUACAGUUGUUUCACUGUAUUUUGUAAUUAGAUUAAAACAAAUCCA